AUGCGAACACUCUCAGUGCGUCGUUUGGCACCAAAUGGCCCUACAAAAGGACCAUAUCUGCCCCAGCGACUAUGCCGCCGCAUCCAGAUACUAGGCAUGCUUAGAGUGUCUGCGAGGGAACCGAAUGCGAACACUCUCAGUGCGUCGUUUGGCACCAAAUGGCCCUACAAGAGGACCAUAUCCGCCCCGGCGACUAUGCCGCCGCACCCAGAUACCAGGCAUGAGCGCGAGAAAGUGUACUCCCGUCAGUACUCCGCGCCGUUGCUCAAACGCAAGACUUCGAGGUUCGGCUUGGGGCAGCUUCUGGCCACGCCGCAGCCUUUGGCACCGCAACGCUCUAACAAUACUCAUGAUGGAUUCCAUUCCUUGUCCGGUCGUUCGACAGAAGAUACGCUAACAACAGUGCUGCCUAAAAUUGAUCUCGAAGAAGCUGACAGAGAGACCACUAAUCUGCUCGUCUUUCUACUGAUGCAGUUCUUGUCCAGGUCAGAUCAAGCCCAUCCCACCGAAGACAAGGCAAUAGCCAAAACACAGGAGUUAGUACUGAAACAUCUCUUCCUUUUGCUCGGGUACAACUGCAACGAAAAGUACUUCCACAUCUCGCCAUAUACUCUAAGGCAAUCGUCCAUCUUCAAUGCAUUUAUGGCCAACCUACCUCAAGUGUUGGAUCAAAACCACGUCAUGGGUGCUUGCAUUGCUGAACCUACACUGCUGCUACUACAGUACUGCAGCGGAGGCACCUACGGCUCUACCAAUCCGCCGGCCGCGACUCAUUCCUUAGCGGCGUUAGAACCGCACGUUAGGAGGCAUUGGCUGAUGGCGCUACUGGUGGUUUUGUACAAGUACCACUACAGCAGCGGUCCUGUGUGCAACCAAGUGGUGUCGCUGGUGCGGAUAGUCUUGCAUACCGUGGAAGCGCAGCAUCAUCAAUGCAAACGGAUCCCGCCGAUGAUUGUUAUGCCGCAUAUACCGCGCCCUAGAGAUCUCAGCCAGCCGUCUCUCAAAACAGAGUUAGAAGCGACAACCGCGGCGGCCGGCAGCAGCCCGCUGGCAGCCCUGGAGCGCAAGCCCAAGCUGACCGCCAAGCCACACAUGCACACGCACUGGGAGGAGCCCGCCAAGGCCGCCAACCUUGGAGAAGCCCGGCAAGGUUGCCAAGUGAGUGCUGCUACUGUCCCUGGAGCGCGAGCCAAGCUCACCGCCAAGCCGCACAUGCACACGCACUGGGAGGAGCCCGCCAAGGCCGCCAACAUAGCCUACGCCACAUACUUGGCAUCCUUGAAGGAGCCCGCCAAGACCGUCAACCUUGGAGAAGCCCGCCAAGUCCGCCAAGUGAGUGGCCGCUACUGUCCCGCCGGAGCGCGAGCCAAGCUCACCGCCAAGCCACACAUGCACACGCACUGGGAGGAGCCCGCCAAGGCCGCCAAAUAUAAACAAUGGAGUUUGGAACAAGAAUCAUCCGAAAGCGAGCUGAUAGCAAUUCCAGAGACCAGCGACAAAUCUGAUACUACUGUCCAUGGGAGCACUGCGCCGGGAUCCUUCGAUGAGCCUUCUCACUACGAGGACCCGCCGCCUAAGAUCGAAACGCCGGCCGCCUCAUCUCAUCCACCGUUGAAUAAGAUUAGUGUUACUGUUAGAAAACCGUGUUCUCAUUUGGAAGUAAUACAGAGGGAACUUUUGGACCACAGUGGGCAGCAGUACUUCACCAGAUACGGCGCCGUCGUCCAAUGGCGAUGGACUGGCCGCCACGCACCAUCAUGCCCGGCAUAG